AUGGCUGAGGAGUGUAACCGCAUUAUCAACCUCAAGCAGGAUACGAAGAUGAUCGAGAAAGGUUGCUUAGAUAGAUCUCAACAAUCUCGUACCUGUGUGAACUGCAAGCGGAAGGGCCACAAGGAAGGUUACUGCUCAUCAUCCGAAAAGAAGCCAGCAAAGAAGGUCGAUAAACCGAAACCUAAAGACUUCGUCAACGAAGAACCGAAAGUAACGCUCUACCGGAGGCCAGAUUCUCGUCCUGCGCAUUGCCUUAAGAGACCGAUUGCCUACGCUGCACUUCCGAAGGUUGAUGCUGAGCUCCAAAGGCUUCAAGACAACGGCAUCAUUUCACCAGUCAAGUUCUCCGAUUGGGUUGCUCCCAUAGUUGUGGUUCGCAAGUCCGAUGUCUCCGUACGCAUUUGUGGUGACUACUCUACAGGUCUCAACGUGCCCUCGAGUCAGAUCGCCUACCUGCAGGUCGAAGUUGAAGAAGCAUCUCGAAAGCUGCUCACUAUAAACACUCAUAAAGGACUGUUCCAGUACAAUCGAUUGCCACCACGAGUCAAAUCUGCGCCUGGAGCGUUCCAGAGGAUCAUUGACAGUAUGGUUGCUGGCAGUCUAGGUGUCAAGCUAUACCUGGACGACCUCUUGAUCGAUGGAAAAACUCAACAGGAUCAUGAUCGCAGCUUGAACGCUGUGCUUGACCGGAUUCGUGAGUAUGGCUUCCACUUACGCAUCGAGAAGUGCCGGUUCUCUCUUCCGCAGAUCAAGUUUCUGGGUCACAUAAUCGAUAAAGAUGGUCUCCGCCAAGAUCCUGCUAAAACCAACGCUAUAUCCCAGAUGCCACCACCGAUGAAUGUAUCGCAACUAUAA